UCGCGCCGGGGCAAGUGGAGGGCUGUCAUGUAAACACUGGUAAAUGUGUGCUCGCGGAUGGCCGGAUUUUCAUUCUUAAAUUAGACGAUCUUGUGGACGAUAAAGCAACAUCACGACUUCUACUUAGAAGCGUUGUGAUAUUGUCCGAGGAGCUAUUCCGUUACACCUGCGAUGAAUAAAUGCACUCGAUCACUCGCUCUCUUCUACGUGCCUUCACUGGAAGUGCAUGCUGGUCCCCUGUCAAGCCAAACACAGUAACGUUAGCAGCAGCUAGGUGUUACCCCUCGUGUCACCAUGGCGUGCAGUUCUUCAAAUGUCCACGGCAGGAGCAGAGGUAUAGAAACCUUGUCCAGCGGUACAGAAGGAAACUGAGAGGUGCCUACAACAAGUACUCCGACAUCCCGGACAACACUGUGGUAAUCGGAGAUAGAAUGUGUAUCCAGGGGCGGUCCCAUGCCUAUAUUGAGGAUGGAGGCACCAUCUACAGAUGUUUGCAUGGACGACCAGGUGUAUCUGAGCCAGAGAAGGUUCUCAGCAUUGCCUGGCUCAGAGGAGGCGAGGAGGAGGAAGAAGAUGAGGAAGAGGGGACCUUGCAAAGGGUACGUCUGUCCCCAGGUGAGCACCUGCUGGCUGCCACAGUCAAGACCCCACACCAGGAGGAAUCCAGAUGCAUUGUGGUCCGGCUGGUCGACGUGACGUUACCCCACCGGCCACUGCUCAUUCUGGAUAAUGUGUUCAGCUUCGAAUGGGCUUCGGAUAACACACUCUUCUUCAGUAAACAGGAGGGUCUAAAGUGUCAGACUGUGUAUCGCCUGGACCUAACUGAGGAAGGAGUUAGAAACACCCUUGUGUAUGAGGAACAUGACCCUGAGUUCUUUGUGGAGGUGGGGCGUUCAAGUGAUGGACAGCUGCUGACGCUCAACUGCACCAGUAAGAGCAGCUCAGAGGUGAGAAUCCUCUUAAGCUCCGCCCCAGACCACGCCCCCGCCCUGGUGCAACCACGGCAACCAGGGCUGGUCUACUACGUGGAGCACGCCAGAGGGGAGCUCUACAUCCUGGCCAACACAGGACCCGGCCAGGAGUAUCAGCUGCUCAGGACCCCUGCGUGCUCCCCGUCCAUGCGGAGCUGGGUGCCGGUGUUUACGCCCGCCACAGGGUGGGCAGUCAGAGACAUGGAGCUGCUACAGGACCACUGCCUGUUUACACUCAGGCACCCCAGUGGACGCCUCCACCUGGAGACAGUGUCUCUAGAGGACCCCAACUGUGUGUCAUCCCUGGAGCUCCCAUCGUGGGCGUGUGCGUUUGAGAGUCGGAGAUCUUCAUUGGCCGGCCAGCGGAGUGUCCGAUUCCUUCUGUCGUCCCCGGUGAUCCCCCCCUCGGCGCACGCCUACUCGCCCUCCUCCCCCCACCUGCUCCUCACAGAGCACGACCAGGACCUGCCACAGCAAGACUGCCACACCACACGCCUGCAGGCCCCCAGUCAGGAUGGCACCAUGGUGCCCAUAACCCUCCUGCACCGGCCGCCUCUGGCUGACCUGCGGGCAGUGCCUAUGCUUGUGCACGUGUACGGAGCCUACGGCCUGGAACUCAACAUGGCUUUCAGUCCAGACAAGAGGCUACUGCUGGAGCGUGGGUGGGCCUUGGCCUACUGCCACGUCAGACUCAAGAAGGCAGAAAGACCCCCUCCUUCCCUCUCGUUGUGGUCCUGUCCUCCCAUUGUGUACUGCACUACAUCUCCCAGCAGCCACUUGGGCAGUGUUCAUAUGAUGAUUAUUUUCCGUCAGGCACCUUUUCUGGACGUCCUGGGCACCAUGCAGGACCCCUCUCUGCCCUUGACCGUGGAGGAGAGAGGAGAGUGGGGGGACCCCCUGAGCAGCCCUCAGCACAGGGACAACAUCGCCACCUACUGCCCGUGCUGUAACAUCACGCCACAGCGCUACCCCUCUAUGCUGAUCACAGCCUACAGAGAGGACUGUCGAGUGCCUGUGUCGGGUGUGGAGAAAUACGUGGCGAGACUGCGGGCCGCUGUCCACACACACUCCAGUGUGAGCAUGCCCAGAAGUGUGUUGUGGACCAGCCCCCUUCAGACAGGAAAACCUGAACCGGACACCCACAUCGUUCUGGACCUGCAGCCUGGAGGGGACCAUUUUGGGCCGGAGGACUUUGAGCUGUCCUUGUACUGCAAGACAGAUCGCCUUCCUGCACGUGGAGCUGGGCCUGGACCAGACCGCUGGACACGAGGAACACCAAGGCUGAAGAAAGCGGCUGCAAUCUCCAGGGGUUCUCCAGUCCUCAUGGCUGAUUGUCUGAGUAGGGUUGUGUGUUUCUAAAU